UUACUUCUGGCUUUUAAGAGUCCAGUCGAGCGGACGGCAUACCUUCGCGAAUAGGUUGAUCUCGUCGUCCGACGUUCCGUUUCACUCGACCUCGGUGGAUCGAGGUUUUGCUCGUUUCAUUCCCCACGAGAGGAGGCGACACGCGCGUACACAAGGAUCCCCCUUUGAUAAAAGAGGACUCGGGAUCCACUUGGAUCGAUCGCGGACCGAACACGGGAGGAUCAUUUCGGGCGCAAAAAUAAUCCGCGAAUUCGAGUGAGAGUGCGCGGAUACGCUCUAUCGGGCCCCGACACCGUUCUUUCAUGCUUCUAGAAAUCAUACGGAGGAAGAAUCCAGAUUGCGCCUCGCAAUUUCAUCCUUUUCCAGGAUCGAUCCGAGUGAAUUUAUCACCUUCCGAGAUAUGAUUGGAAGAAGCGAAAAUAAUUCACGUCUGGAGAGUCGUUGAAAAUGGACUUCAAAUAGUAUACAUCCAAUUAUAUCGAUCACGUGUAUAUUCCGAUUUUUUUACAAAAACUCGAUCUCCGAGAGACCGUUCUAGCGCGAAUAUUUUUACUAUGAUUAGCGAAUAAAAAAAAAACGUCUUCGAGAUCCUUUUCCAUUCUUUUUCGGAUUUCUCUCUUCUCCGAUCGCGAGCAAGGUAAAACGCAAUAAAAGUUCGAGAGAAGGAAACACAAACGAAGAGGCGGCCGGGAUUUUUGCAUCGGGAAGAGAAUUUGGCUCCUCUCCUGUCUCUCGUGCGAAACGCACAAGAUGACUGGCAAAGCGAUACAGCACCUGCUGUACAUCCUGCUGGCGAUCGUCGGCGUCGUCCGUCGAGGCAAAUGCGAGUUCUUCGAGAGAGCCGAGUACGACGAUUACCUAAACGAGUAUUUGCUCUUCGACGAGAGAGGGUACCUCGGCGAGUAUCAGGAAGUCGACGACACGAUGAUCGAGAUCGCAAUGAUCAAUCGCAAUAGAAAGAUCACGAACAGAUUGACGCACGUGACGCCCAGGGUGCUCUACCAAGUGGGGGACAGCGAGAAGGAAUUACCAGAGUGCGCGGACCUGAGCGAGGUAUGUAGCAAGGUGGAUUUAUAUGGUACACCGUGGGUCGAGAGACAAUGUCGUUGUCCGAAUGGCCGUGCCUGUCCCAGCAGUCUUCACGCGGACGACGGAUACACGAUCGUCGAUAAAACGCGCCUCUACAAGCUCUGCGAACCCGUGAAACGAUUUCCUGCCUGUAAUUACUUCAAAGACAUUACGUGGACUCUGGCACCAGGAGGAGGUCCAGCAAAUGCGACAGUACAACGAGUUUACUGUCGAUGUCGGCACCAUAGCGUGCCGUAUCUAGUUCGUAGGCAACCUCAUAGAUCACCGGAUGGAAAUCAAGGCUUUAUCUACGCCUUCGCUUGCUCUCCGCAAAGCAAAAUACGGUGUCAGCGUAAGGAGCCCUGUCGCCUGUUCACCGUUCGCAAGAGACGCAACUCGCAACUCGAGGAGGUGAACGCCUCGCCUCUUUGCCGAUGUCCCACAGGACAACGAUGCCCGCGACGGCACACGGAUCCUGGCUCCUCGCCGGCGAGAUCCUACGCAGGUGUCUUAGAAAUCAAGACCUACAGCGGUUACUGCAUACCCGCCCACGACUUCAAGAGAGAGAUCUACCUAGACCGUGUCUAGAGAAUCGUAGAAUCACCUCCACUCAAUACCUAUAUAUCGGCGAUGUCGAUGAUGGGAUAUUCACCACGCGCGACGUUAAAGUAUCGUAAUUUAAUGACAUUUUAUUAAUUAUACGUUUGUAUAGAACAAAGAAAAAAAUGGUGAAUUACUUUGAUUAUUUAAUGACAAGAAUGAUCUAAGAAUCGCAUCCAAUAUCUUUUUAUUUUUCGAUAUAGUUUUUCAAGCGGUUGUCUUCUCUUUCUCGCGAAUAAAGCGCGCUUAAUUCGUUCAUCGACACAGCGACUCGAAAGCAACCUCGACGACAGGAAAUUGAUAUAUUUGUCAACCGAUCAUGUAUCAUUAACCGUACAAUGCCGUGCCACGUGGUGGUCUCUCUCUCUCUCUCUCUCUUUCUAACGGCGCGUUGGUGAAUGUUAAAUGUAAAAAGUAUGUACAAAAGUAUAUAUAGGGAUAAGAAAAUGUGUGCGUGCCACCUAUACAAUUUUUUUGUACAAUAUAUAACGUUUGGAUAAUCCUUCGCUUUUUUCCCGCCAAUAACUCGACCGUCGUCGCAGUUAUUGUACAACAUCUCUCGUAGCAACGAUGAGCCUCUUUCCAUUUUUUUAGUGUGCUAUCUACUCGACUCUUUGUAUACCGCUUCGCAGAAAUUAAUAUUACAGACGUCGCAGUUAUACAAUAUCAUUGUGUAGUCGUUGUAACUUGUAUAUAUAUAUAUAUCGGAUCCUCUCAAAGUGUCAUUCGGGGAGUAUAUUUGUAUAUGAUAGCAUUAUAAGACGAUUCGAACGAGACUCUUUCUCUCUUUCUUUCUCUCUCGAUGUUAUAUUUGUUAAUUUUAACUUAAUAAAAAAUUUGACUAUUUUAUGCUCUACUUUCUUCGGUGCUUUUCUGUCCCGCGAUAUCUUUCGAUUUCGUACAUUUUACAUUGAGCGAACGAGAAUUUAAUUAAAUACUAAUGAUUGACAAAUAAUUUCUCAAUAGAAAAUUUAUGUAUCUUUGCGAGGCUUGUAAAAUACAUAUUUAAUAAUAUAUUAUUUUAUAUAUUAUGUAAUAUGAUAAAGAAGCAAGAGAUUUAUCGAUCUCUGAUGUAGAAUUUUCAACCUGCGCCGCAAGUCGAUAAAGAAGAUGGUGACAAUGCUUUCAACGAUAAAUAAAUAAUUGAUAAAAUAGUUAAACAAAACAUUCCUUAUUAUGUAAAAACAAUAAAAUAUUUCGAUAUAAAACACUACAGAUUGUUUAGACAGUUCCAUCUUGAUAA